AUGGCUCCCGCUGCGACCGAGAGCGCCUCCCCCAUUGGCAUUGCCAACUUGCCCAACCAGAGGCACAAGAUUGUGGCAAAACGUGGUGCUGCCUUCACUAUUAUGGUUGCUGGCGAGUCGGGAUUGGGCAAGACCACAUUCAUCAACACUCUGUUCUCCACAACGAUCAAGAACUAUGCCGAUCACAAGCGUCGGCACCAGAAGCAAAUCGAUAAGACGGUAGAGAUUGAGAUCACAAAAGCCGAGCUCGAAGAGAAGUUCUUCAAGGUUCGGUUGACGGUUAUCGACACCCCGGGCUUCGGUGAUUAUGUGAACAACAGGGACUCGUGGAUGCCCAUUAUCGAGUUCCUCGACGACCAGCACGAGUCUUACAUGCUUCAGGAGCAGCAGCCGCGCCGCCAGGACAAGAUCGACUUGCGAGUGCAUGCCUGCCUGUACUUCAUCCGCCCUACAGGCCACACCUUGAAGCCCCUUGAUAUUGAGGUUAUGAAGCGCCUCUGCUCUAGGGUGAACCUGAUUCCCGUCAUCGCGAAAGCCGACACUCUCAGUCCGGCAGACCUUGCCAGGUUCAAGCAGCGCAUUCGCGCUGUUAUUGAUGCACAGAGCAUCAAGAUCUACCAGCCACCGGUCGAGGAGGACGAUGAGGCUGCUGCCCAGCAUGCACGCAGCCUGAUGGCCGCCAUGCCCUUUGCGGUGAUUGGUUCCGAGAAGGACGUCAAGACGGGCGACGGCCGUAUCGUCAAGGGCCGCCAGUACUCAUGGGGUGUUGCUGAGGUUGAGAACGAGGACCACUGCGACUUCAAGAAGCUGCGCUCCAUUCUCAUCCGCACUCACAUGCUCGACCUCAUCCACACCACCGAGGAGCUGCACUACGAGGCCUACCGCGCACAGCAGAUGGAAACCCGCAAGUUCGGCGAGGCCAGGCCCCGCAAGCUCGACAACCCCAAGUUCAAGGAGGAGGAGGAGGCGCUCCGCAAGCGCUUCACCGAGCAGGUUAAGAUCGAGGAGCAGCGUUUCAGGCAAUGGGAGCAGAAGCUCAUUGCCGAGCGCGACCGUCUCAACAAGGACCUUGAGCACACCCAUGCUACCAUCAAGCAGCUCGAGAGCGAGCUCGAGCAAAUGCAGGGCAGCGCUGCCCGCUCGCAUGGCCGUCGCUAA